AUGGCGGACAUGAACAGCGAGAUGAGAGAAAACGAAAUUGUUAAUCCUUCUGUACAAAGUGUGACGAAGACAAAAUCAAACAAAAAGAAGAAAAACGUUUAUGUUUUUGACAAUGGAGAAGUUGAAUUUUUGAUAUAUGCAUGGAGUAAGCGAGAAGUUUUGUACGAUAGCAAGAACCCGGACUAUUUUAAGAAAGACGCAAAAUUGACAGCAGUUAACCAGCUGAUUGAAGAACUUGGCUUCGAGGGUAAGAAUUUGAAUUAUUUGCACACACGCAUUUUAAUUGUUUUGUCUUUCGUACCCAGUACUGACAUUCUGGAACGAUGGAACGCAAGCGGACAUAAGUACUCGUUCCCGUGACGAAGUCACUGGGGCCGGCGUAGGGCCUUUGACAGUCGAUGAUUUACAAAAUGCAAGGAAACAACUUAUUCGUUACGUAUAA